UCUAUAACCGUGUGAGCCAAUAGAAUAAGACUAUGAUUGCACGGGGUUCUGAGGUCAAACGACGGACAACUUGUCAUAGAAUGCCGUCCAAGCCAAGUCCCGGUGAGCGCUGUGUUUUAGGCUGAAAAGAAAUUAAAUCCACCAGAUCCCGUUAUUAUAAUAACCGGGCGUGAUCUCGGGAGCGCGCGCGCCCAGCGAUCACCAGAUUUGUGAUUGGUCAGCAUAUUCUAAAGGAAGACUCCCGGCUCCAGGGCUGUGACGUCCAGCACGGGGAAGAUGAGCCUGCCACCGGAUGCGUGUAACGGGACCGCUGCGGACUUCUCCAGCGCUGAAGAGGAGCUUUAUGAUUAUCAGAUGCACACCAGAAUGUGCAAGAAAAUAGCGCAGCUCACUAAGGUAAUAUAUUCUCUCAACACUAAGAAUGAGGAGCAGGAAGCAACAUUGCAAAUGCUGCUACAUGUUAACACAGACACAGCGGACAACUUUCAGCCGACCGCAAGUCAUUACGAAGAGGGGGAGGAACCCGCAUCUGCCCUUCGGACCCGUCUUUUAGAGCUCCAGGCUGCAGUAGAAGAGGUAGAAGAGCGAGAACAGAGGUCGGAAGCAAGACAUGCUGAGCGUAUGGCCGUGCUAACCCGAGAGGCAGCAGACCUCCGUCGAAACUACCACAGUCUAGAGAUAGAACGAGACAACCAGAGCAGGCUACUGCAGCAAAUCCAGGAGGAAAACAAAUGCCUAGAAGAAGAAUGCCAGCACUUGCGCCAAGUAUGGGACGAGAGCAUACAGAAGGAGGACGAUGCAAAGAGAAGGGAGGAAGAAGAGAGGAAGAAAGAAGUUGAGGAGCAGAGGAGAGAAUUAGAAGAACGGAAGAAAGUGGAGAACGAAUGGGAGGAACGUUUUUUCACACUGAGAAGUGCCCUCAAAACACUAGAGGAGGAAAGAGAACGAUUACAAGAACAGUGGGGGAUAGAGAAGGAAGAGUGGAAGAACAGAAUGGAGGUCGUAGAGAAGGAAAGAAGGGAGGAACAGGAAGCAGCACGAAAAGCCUUACAGCAAAGCCUCAAUGAUCACAUAAGCCAGUGGCAACAGAGAGAGCAAGAGAACUGUAAAUCCCAUAAUUCACUUCUGCAACAGAAACUGAAGAAAGCAGAGGCAGAGCUGGAAAUACAGGAAGAGAGACUGAUCGAGUGCAACAGACACAGCAGUAAAUUGCAAGCAAGAUUAGAGGAUCUAGAAGAGCAGCUGGAAAAUUGCCAUCAUCGAGUUGCAGAGGCAGAAAGAGUAACUAGGAAAGCAGAGGAGGAGCUUGCUGUGGCAAAAGAACGAUUAUUACUGCAAGAGAAUGAACUGCAAAACAAAUCAGAGGAACUGUUGAACCAAAGCUCCUCUCAAGUGCUGGUGUCUGCUGAAGUGGAGGAACUGAGAUCUCAAUUGAGUCGUCUCAAUAUUAGGAACAAAGAACUGGAACUUCAAAACAGCAGCCGCUCUAAUGACCAUGCUCGCAUGCUCAAACAGCAUGCAGAUGCUUUGUCUUCCAUGCGCCUGGAGCUGCAGCGUGCUCAUGCUGAGGAGAUUCAGCGCCUCCACCAAGAGGUGGAGAAAGAGCGAUCAAAUGACAUGCACGAGUUGGAGGACGAAAAGAAAAGAGUGCAGAAAAAUAUGGAGGAGGAAAAAGUCCGUCUUAAAGAGAAACUGAGGAAAGCGCUGGAAGAAUUGAUCUGUAAACAUGCCAGUGAGUUGCGCCAAACACAAGCGUCGCUGGAAAACGAGAGGAAGCAGGCAGAGGAAUGCAGAAAGACUGCAGAGGAGGAAAAACAUAACCUGGAGGCAGAGAGAGAGGAACUACACAAGGAACUACAGGCGUCCAUGAUAAAGAUCCUGAACCUGGAGGAUGUAAUCCAGACAUUGGAGAAGGAAACAGAAAAAUUCAGAAGAAGUGAGGAGGAAAGAGAGCGUGAACAAGAAAGGGAAAGAAAGCAAGAGAAAGAAAUGGAAGUAACCGAGUUGGAGCCUCUGGGCAAUUCUGAGUGUGAGAGACUAAAUGAAGAACUGGAAAAUACCCAUUGUACCAUAAGGCAAAUGCAGGUUGAAUUUGAUCUGGAGAAGGAAACGUUGAAGUUGGAAAUCUCCACUCUCAAACAAGAGAGAAAUGCACUACAGCAGUCAAGCCACAGUAUGGAGGAGAGGAUAAGGCUGCAGUUUGAGAAGCAUUUCUGUGAUCAUGUAGCAGAUCUACAGAAAGAUAAAGAAAAAGAGAUCCAAGACAUUAAUCUGCAUUGGCAACAAAGGAUAGAUGAACUACAGACACAGCUCCAGGAAAAAGAAUUGCUAUUCCAGAGGAGCACGGAAGAAAGAGAUAGGGUGGACUGCCAUGAUAAUGAAGAGCUGGAGAGAAUGAAGCUGGAGAUUCAAAAAACAAUAGAAAUGAACAGCUCUCUGAGUGCCCAGCUUUAUGCUACAAUGCAGGAGAAAGAAAAGUUAAUGCAGAAACAGCAGUUACAGGUUAUACAAGAGGAAGACGAGGAGGAGGAAGCGGUGAAGGGAAAUGGCUUAACAGACGGGAAAAGAGAUGAUCGUGGAUGGCAUCAGCGAGAGCAGGAGUUGUUACAGGUGGAGAGACUCAACCACCAGCAUGCCUUACAGUCUCUGGAGAAACAAGCAAGUGAGGAGCUGCAAGCAGAAAGACAGCACCUUCACACCCAGUACAAGCUACAGUUAGAAAAACAGAAAGCAGAGUUAACACAACAGCACACUGAAUGGGUCAGGCAGGUCACGCAGAGGCAUAUGCAGCAGAUAGAAGAUCUGCAGAAUGAACUCCAGACACAUACAGAGAUGAUGGCUUUACAACAGGACCUAAAGCAGCAGAACCGUCUGCAGUCACUUGAGAGGCAGCUGGAUGAGAGGAGCAGUGAGGUGCAAGAGCUAAAACGACAGAAUGAGGAACUGAGAGAACAAGUGCAUGAACUCGGCAUAGAGAAAGAAAUCAGCAUGAACCUCAAACCAAAGAGCAGCAGAAGGUUGUCCAGUUUCUGGAAGGACAAAGGGGAUGUGGGUGGAUCGAGGGAUGUGGAGGAAGACAGGAAUGAUGAAACCCAGAGUGAAAUGGAGACCAUGAAACCUGAAGAGAAAAAGGAUAUAAAGUCCACGAUGUCUGAUUUUACCUCUGUCCAAACACAACUACAUGCCCACAUUGUUGCCUGCGAAACAGAACUGAAAGAGAGAGAGGAGAUGGGUAAAAGAAGAGCAGAGGACCUGCACAUCAUUUCUAAACUGCAAGACAAGCUCAAUGAGAGAGACCAGCUCAUCAAGAGACUGGUGGACGACCUCCAUCAGCUAUCCCAACAUCCUCCUCUUAGCAGCGAUGUGACUAUGAAGUCCUACCACCUCAGGACACAAUCAGGAAAUCUCACACCUACCAUGAAGAGAAAGAUCUUGGACGACAUCCCAACAAGUGGAACCAGCAUACCAAGUCUCAGUUCAGUGGAGGGGGCAUUGCCCAAGUCAUCACAUUUGUCAAGUCAUUCGAUCCUCCCAUUACAGACUCCGAUUUCUGUUCAUUCUGAAGCCAAGACUUCUGUUCGACACAAGUUUUCUCCCAGUCAUGACCUCCUGCACCAGUUGCACCUUAACAACAGCAAGCACAUCAGAGCUCAGUCUGAAAAGCGUGUGAUUGAAACAGGACCUGACAGCCAAGACCCCAAGAGGCAGGAGUGGUUCACCAAAUACUUCUCUUUCUGAGCAUUGUGGAUCACGAUUUUCUGAUAUAGUCAUCUGUUCAGACAUUUCUUGAACCAACACUCAGAGUUUGAGGAACUACAGUAUACAAGCACAUACAGACUGGUAAUAAAAAACUACAGGUGCCUUUGUUAUUCUCUGUGUGGCCGCUUAUGGAAGCACAACAACAAAUGAUUAGAUUUUCGUUUUUCACCUACCCGCACAAAUUAUGCUGCCAUACAUUUUGCGAUUGUGACUGUGAAAGGGAAGUAAAACCAUGAAUCCUCAUAAAUAAACCUGAAACAAAUGAUGCAACAUGUACAGUUUUUGAUCAUAUCUUAAUAAGAGGAAUAUUAUUUAUUGUAAGGGUAUGCUGCAUGACGUAAUGUCUCUAAAUGUAUAACCAAAUAAAAAAUUAACUCUUGUUAAAAAAA